UUUAGGUUUCUAAAUCGAACGAAACAUGUGCUCUACUUACUUAAUUAAUGCCUAACGUGCUUACGUUCAUUUAUGACAAAUCCUGUUCAAUGACCGUUGCUGGAUGCGAUGAAGCAAAUCAUCUGCACACUGGGAAGAUAGCAUUAAAUCAGUACGGCGUGUGUGUAUAGCCCCAAAGCUAGCCCAAUGACAGGUCAACGGAAGUAAACAAACAAAAUUUUAAAGUGCUGAUCUGCAAGUGCAUUGCAUCGAAACUCUCUCGAACCCGUUCCUGAUGCGGAACCAAGGCGAAACAAAUACCUUGGCUUCAAACAAGCAGCUCUGCGAUUUAGAUGAAUACUCUUUGGCGCAUGUGUUUCUGUUUCUGAAUGUGGGAGACUUGGAUCGUUGCGUUUUGGUUUGCAAAAAAUUCCAGCACAUAAUUCAGAGAGUGGUCUUCCCCAAAAAAUGCAAGCACGCCUUGGUGACCGGUUCGGAUCAUGGAGCAGCCUUAAGUCCCUACCACUAUACCCGACGAAAACGAGUCAAGUUGGACGAAAAUUGGCGCUAUGGAAGGUACGAGGAGCGGUCUUACUUUCAUCAUAACGUGAUGUACAUAUCGCAACUAGCAAUCGAUAAGGACUGUCUUUACAUGACACACGGCGGUCGUCUGCAAGCCCACCGAAGGACGAAAAGCGUACACAUGAUCGAUACCAGAAUCGCUUGGAUGGUUGGCUCGGUAGGAGAUUCAGAUAUCACGAGUCUGGCCAAAAAGAACAAUCGAUUCUUCGCCGGUCGUAUGGAUGGGAAAAUUUUACUCUACGAACAUGGCUCAGGCCAACAGCAUUUGCAAACGAUAACAAACGAUAUUAUCAAGGCGGUCGAUUUUAACAAAGAUGUCUAUGCAGUGACAACGAAAAACGAAUCAACGUACGUGUUCAACUAUUCUCCGCCGGAUCGCGAACUGCUGUAUGAUGGUGAUGUGUUUGAACAUUCCCACGUUUACCCUCACGCAUAUGAAACAAUAAAGUUGAACAACAAUCUACUGGCGGUAGGCAAAUUUCAUUGCAGCAAGAAGCGCGCACUUCAAUUGAUAGAUUUGUACAGCUGCACCAUUCAGCAGUUGAAUUCACCUUCCACGGCUGUGUACGAUGUGCUCUGGAAGGACGAGCACUGUAUUCUUUGCGGCAAUUUUGAUACCACCAUGCGCCUAGUCGAUGUGCGCACUGGGAACGAUGAGGCAUGUUGGACAGAUCCUUACAAUGCAUCAGUAUACUGUCUCUCCUACAAUGGGACGUAUGCCGUACACUGUGGAAUGAAGUACCACUACCGGACCAACCUGUACGAUUUGCGAGCGCCAAACCGCUGUGUUCAGAUGUACUUCCCUUUGAAGAAGAAUAGCAACUUUUCUCCCGUCUAUCGGAUUGCCGCUGACUGCAGCCAAAUGUUUGUUGUAACCGACCAUAACUUGCGGAUACUUAAUUUCGACGCCGAUUGGGCUGCCACAAAGGACUAUGCUUCGAUAUAG